AUGGAACAAGACGCGGCUGCCCUAGCUACUGCCCACGCCCUCGAAUUCGUCCACGAUACGAAAUGGAUGAGCGCCAGGUUGCUGCGCUACCUUCAGCGUGAGACAAAGAUCCAGGCUGAGCAGAUCGCAACUGGUGCCGCGAUCUGCGUGGCCGCCUAUCUGUGCGUCGGGCCGAACGCUCGGUUCAUCUGCAACGCCCUGCUCACGGCCGUCCCGAUCCUGACCACGUUCGUCUUCCCGGCUGAGCGUCCCGAGUCGAAGAAGCUUUUUGUAUAUUGGGCUGUGUUCGGUUGCACCACCACGCUGGACGACACCCUGGACAAGGCUCUGCCACUUGAACAUAAAAUCCAGACCAUUCUCCACAUCCUGCUCUUCCUGCGGCCCUUCGAAUUCGGCAAGCACCUGGUCGAGGCUAUCGAGAAGCAGAGCGAGGCGUUCCGCGUCGACAAUCCUGCCGAGCACGAUGAGGCAAAGUCGGGAGCCACUGCCGUGCCAAAGAAACGCUCGCGCGAAAAUGAUCAGUCGAGGGCGUCGCCUCCGAAGGGGACUGAUGGAAGCGCCUCGGCUGAUGGGGGCGGCAGCGGCGCUCCGGAUGACGCCGGCGGUCGAGCCCUUGCAACCCAGAGCCGCACUGAUAUGACGACCGGCCAGGGCGGCAUCACCAUCCCGCGAGGGACCAUGCUCGACUCGGGCAACCACCAGCUGCACUCGUCGGCCUCCAACUCCGACGACGGCAUUUACACGCAGGGCGUCGGUCCCGAAAAUAAUCUCAAUGAUUUCAUCACCCUGCCAACCAACAACCUCGUAUUCAACGGGCCGUUUGACAGCGGCAUCACUUACCAUAUGAAGAUCCACAACAACUCGCACCACCCGAUCGCCUAUGCCGUGAAGGGCAACUGCCUGAACCGAGUGACCGUCUACCCGCCGAUGGGCGUCCUUACCGCCGGCCAAAAGAUAUUGGUCGGAGUCAAGUGUCUGCCCUUCGAAUACGGCAACCAGGAUCUCAGCAAGGACCGCUUCGUCUUUGAAUAUUGCAUCGUGCCCGAGGAGACGAAGAAGUUCAACUUCAAACUGCUGGAUGACGCUGCGUCCCGGCGCCGCAAAAACAUCCACGUCCAGUACAACCCG